GAAAAGGUGACAGACAGAUAGAUUUGCUUUCGCUUCUCUAAUAUUAAGUAUAGAUAUUAUUCCGACAAUUAUAUUGACUUCUAGCUAAAUUUCAAACAAAGUAUUUAUCUGUACACUGCGGUAAUUGGAUAAAAAAGAUGUUUUUGAUAACGCGUCGCUAUAAAAUUUCUUACGAGACAGGAGAAAACAUCAUCGCUUGAUAUUUUCACGAAUGCCUGACCAUCAUCUUGCGUGUGUAUAAAUGUAUGCGGAAUUCAUUUUCAUUACUAGUUUAUUUUCCUUUUGUGUUCAGUAGUGACGUCGAUUUUGUGUAAGAAAACAAAUCUAAUUCAGCUUCAAAAAUGAAGCUGAUUAUAUUUAAAAUAUUACUAAUAUAUCUUGCUGGUACGGUAUGUGGUCAAAAAUUUCAGCAAGAUCAAUUCCCAUUCCCACCGCAAUUUCAAACUCCAAGCUCAACUUUUACUUCAGAUAACACCAUUUAUUUGUCACCCGAAUCUCAUACCGCCAUUCCUUAUUUCGCUUUGAACCAUUUAAAUAAACUGCCUUUCCAAUUGUUACCACCAACUGGUUCAAAAACACCAUCUAUGUAUCCUACACCCUUACCUAUGUACCUAUCUUCUACGUUAAGAUUCGGAGAUGAUGAUGAAGACGAGGAUGAUGAUCACAACGAAAAAAGUAAUAAUCACUCCCCAGUUUCAAAGAGAUUACCUCAAAACCAAUUAAAUCGUACAAACAAUACAGCAGUGAAACAGGCGUUAGAUAGAAAUGAUAACAUAUUGAACUCCAGGAUGUCAAAUCACCAAGCUGUACACCAAAUCAAUCAAUUUACUCAGCCAAAAUUUGAAGUCAAAGCACCAAGCUAUGUUACCAUUGGACCAAAUGAAAGAGCACAAACAAACAAGCCCAACCCAUCUGUACGUAGAAUGAUAGUAACUAGUGAAAUACAAAGAGCUGAUCAAGGCCCAGAUCAAGCAAAAGCAUCUUCGUACCAAGCUCCUCAAUACAUUCAAGCACCAGGUGUAUUUAUUUCAUCUACAACGGAACCCGCGAUACCAAUACUUCGUUUGUCUAACGAAAUGGAUUUAGAUGGAAGUUUUAGUUAUGAAGCUCUGGGUGCAGAUCAGACCCAUUACGUGCAACACAGUCGCAUGGAAAACAUGGGAUCUGAUAAAGAAGAACAAGUAGUAGAAGGCUCAUACUCUUAUAUAGGUGAUGAUGGACGUACAUACACAGUCCAUUACGUCGCCGAUUCUAAUGGUUUUAGAGCUACAGGUGACCACUUACCAGUACCGCCACCUGUUCCAGAAAUUAUACAAAGGGCAGUUCAAUAUAACUUAGCAGAAGAAGCUAAAAAACCGCCACAUGUUAGAGCAUCUUGGGAAAAUGAUGACAAAGACUAUGAAAUUAACGAACGAACUUUUUUCAACAAUCCUCCACAACGGAACCUGUUUACUGGAAAAACUCCAGAAGCAUUUUCUCUUGGUUCAAAUCCUCAAAACAAUUUAAUAAUGGCAGCGAGUUUUCAAACCCCUACAAAAUCUAAUUAUGAAAUGGAGCAAUCUAAACCAAAGAUGAACCCAAUGCCAACACCGCAAAUAACAUUUCUAGCGUCACAAGGUGCCCAUAAUCCUUCAACACCAGCACAAUCUACUAAAACAUCGAACUCUGAAAAAUCGCCACUACCUCAAUUAAUGAACUAUGAAGCUGAAAUCAAAGACUCCGAUCAAGAAGCAAGCAAAGCUUUGUGGCGGUGGCAGUACGGUAUGAAUGCAAAUCAGAAUCCCAAAAACUCGAUUUCACGUUCAUCUGCUGAAGGUGACGAUGUAGUAAUAAACUUUAGCGAUAUGACACCUGAUCAGUAUACACAUAUGAUACAUACUCAAGUAUUAUCUCAAAAUGCUGAUACAUCUAAUAUUGCCUACAACAGCGAUGACUAUCAUUCACUUUAUUCCAGUCACAACAAUAGCAAAACUUUAAAAGAGUCAGAACAGUACCAUUCGACAACUGAAAUUGGUCUCAAUACUCAGAACUCUGAAGAAAUUGUGAAAAGCCAGAACAUUUAUAAUGAUGUCCAAGAAGAUUUACAUGACAAUAAACAUGACUACAACAAAGUUGAGAUAAAUUCAUUAAAGAAAAUAGAAAGUCCAGAUCGUCCUGAAAUCAUCAGCCGUCAUAGCUUUAUACCACAAAGUCAAGUUGCAACUCAAUCUUAUUCUUUUGAGGAUACAUCAUUUGAACCGUCAAAAAUUAUUAUACCUAAUGUAAAUCCAGCUGUUAACUUAGUGACAAUACAGAGUAAUUCAGAAAAUGGCUACAUAUUGAAUAACAUUGAAAGGCCAACUACUAUAGAACCAAUAAAUACUUUUAAAACUGUCUCAAAUGUUUUCAUAAAUGAAGAAAAUAGCAGUUUCAAACCAAUCACAUACAACACAGCUAAAGAAAACAUACAAGAAACCACAACAGCGGAGGCUCCAAUGACUGAUAUGCUAAGAGAAAAUAUGUUUUUAAGAAAUUUAUUUAAACCAUUAAAUAUUGAUGAAAAAGUCACAGAUAAGCCAACUUUUGAAUAUAAUAAACAACAAAAUAAGCAAAACACAGAAUAUCAUGAAAUAAAACAAGAAAAAGAAUCAAAAUAUAUUCACAAUAAAGAAAUUCCUCAAAACUUAAUAAAAGUAAAAUCAAAGCCCUUAGACAUAAACAAUAUUCUUAACUACGUUGUACUGAAAAAUCACUUUGAAUCAACCAAAACCAAACAAAAAAAUAAACCCGUACAACAUUUUAUCCAGAAUAUGAAUGAAAAAGAUAUAUCACCACAUUAUAUUCCGAUAAAAGAAAGCAAAAGCAACACUUAUUACGUUGAAUCUAAUGAUGAUGACACGCAGAAGCAAAACAACGAUUUUAGAUCUCUAAAUCGCCAACAACAGCAAGAAUUGCAAGGUCUUAUUAAGAAUUACAAAGUUCUUCAACGUCAUAAGACUAAUAUGCAACGAAGCGAAUCUCUCUCAGAACCUCAGAGACAUAUUAAAGCAUUCCAUACUCAGAAUCUUCCACCGUUGGGCAGAGCAGGACCGUCUAUGAAAAGUUACCUUCCACCAACCUAUUUAUAGGUAACAAAUCUGCUGUGAUUCGUUGUAGAUUAUUUUAUUGUAAAUAAUUUUCAAUUUGCAUUUAUUAGUUAAAUUAAAUUAUUAUUAGUCGA